UAUUCGAGUGCUUGUGAUCAUAGUGUAUUCACAGAUGGCCUGCCGAACAAGUUUUCAAUGAAUAUUAUAGGUCUUUACAGUCAAAUGCCCAAAUUCACGGCAAUUAUGGAUAUAAUUCGUUUGUUAUGGAUAAUACGGAUUGUGUGGGCUGUUGAAGAUGUGUUGAUGGACUCCACGACGGCAACGGCAGAGCUGGGCUGGAUGAUAUAUCCAUCAUUGGGGUGGGAAGAGGUGAGUGGCUAUGACGAGAACAUGAGCACCAUUCGCACCUACCAGGUGUGCAACGUCUUCAAUGGCAACCAGAACAACUGGGUGCGCACCAAAUACAUCCAGCGGCGAGGAGCCCAACGGAUCCACGUGGAGAUGAAGUUCUCCGUGAGAGAUUGCAGCAGCAUCCCGAACGUCACUGGCUCUUGCAAGGAGACUUUUAAUCUGUACUACUUCGAGGCUGACAGGGACGAAGCCACCAAGGUGUAUCCCGCCUGGAUGGAGAACCCUUGGAUCAAGGUGGACACCAUCGCGGCCGAUGAGAGUUUCUCCCAGGUGGACCUGGGUGGCCGUGUGAUGAAGAUCAACAAGGAAGUACGCAGCUUCGGUCCGGUGUCCCGCAGAGGCUUCUAUUUGGCCUUUCAGGAUUACGGAGCAUGUAUGUCGCUCAUCGCUGUGAAGGUUUUCUAUCGCAAAUGCCCCCGAGUUGUUCGGAAUGGGGCCAUCUUUGAGGAGACCUUGUCAGGUGCGGAGAGCACGUCUCUGGUGUCCGCCCGGGGCAGUUGUGUCCCUAAUGGAGAGGAAGUGGAUGUUCCCAUUAAACUGUACUGCAAUGGAGAUGGGGAGUGGCUGGUUCCUAUCGGGCGCUGCGUGUGCAAGGCAGGGUAUGAGUCUGUGGACAAUGGGACCAUGUGUAGAGCAUGUCCAUCUGGGUCCUUCAAAGCAUCUCAAGGGGACCAGCAAUGUCUCCAGUGUCCCAUCAACAGUCGCACCACCAAUGAGGGUGCAACCAACUGUGUGUGCCGCAGUGGACACUACCAUGCAGACUCUGACCCUCUACAGAUGCCCUGUACAACGGUUCCGUCUGCACCCCAGAGAGUGAUUUCUAGCGUGAACGAGACUUCCCUGCGGCUGGAGUGGGAUCCACCGAAAGAGAGCGGAGGCCGGGAGGACGUGGUCUACAACAUCAUCUGUAAGAGCUGUGGUUCUGGGAGAGGGGCCUGCACACGCUGCGGUGACAAUGUGCAGUUCGUGCCCCGCCAACUGGGCCUGACCGAUCCCCGGGUCUAUGUCAGUGACCUGCUGGCCCACACGCAGUACACCUUUGAGAUUCAGGCUGUGAAUGGAGUGUCUGACCAGAGUCCUUUCUCACCUCAGUUCACCGCUGUCAACAUCACCACAAACCAGGCCGCUCCAUCUGCUGUGUCAAUCAUGCAUCAGGUCAGUCGAACCGUGGACAGCAUCACACUGUCCUGGUCCCAGCCAGACCAGCCCAAUGGGGUCAUUUUGGACUAUGAGCUGCAGUAUUAUGAGAAGAAUACGGCAGAGUCGAACUCCUCUCUACUGCGGAGUCAGACGAAUACAGCGGUGAUCCGGGGCCUGAAGCAGGGGACCAUCUACGUCUUCCAGGUGCGGGCCAGGACGGUGGCAGGCUUUGGACGUUUAAGUGGGAAGAUGUACUUCCAAACAAUGACUGAAGAGGAGUACAGCUCCAGCCUGCAGGAGAAGCUGCCCCUCAUUAUCGGCUCUGCUGUUGCUGGUGUUGUUUUUCUCAUCGCUGUGGUUGUGCUCAUUAUUGUCUGUAACCGGAGAGGCAGUGACAGGACAGAAUCUGAAUACACUGACAAGCUUCAGCAUUACACCAGCGGCCACAUGGCUCCAGGAAUGAAGAUCUACAUUGAUCCUUUCACAUAUGAGGAUCCCAAUGAGGCGGUGCGUGAGUUCGCCAAAGAAAUAGACGUGACCUGUGUGAAAAUCGAGCAAGUCAUUGGUGCAGGUGAGUUUGGAGAGGUAUGUAGCGGUAAUCUCAGGCUUCCUGGGAAGAGGGAGAUUCUGGUGGCCAUUAAGACUCUGAAAUCAGGCUACACUGAGAAGCAGCGGCGGGACUUCCUGAGCGAAGCCAGCAUCAUGGGGCAGUUUGACCAUCCCAACAUCAUCCACCUGGAAGGAGUGGUGACCAAGAGCACUCCAGUAAUGAUCAUCACUGAAUUCAUGGAGAACGGAUCACUGGACUCCUUUCUUCGGCAAAAUGAUGGCCAGUUCACUGUCAUUCAGUUGGUUGGCAUGCUGCGUGGCAUUGCAGCUGGCAUGAAAUACCUCUGUGACAUGAACUACGUACAUCGUGAUCUGGCUGCCCGCAACAUCCUGGUUAACAGCAAUCUAGUGUGCAAAGUGUCCGAUUUCGGGCUUUCUCGCUUUCUGGAAGAGGACACAUCAGAUCCUACAUAUACAAGCGCCCUGGGAGGGAAAAUUCCAAUACGAUGGACUGCUCCCGAGGCCAUUCAAUACAGGAAGUUCACGUCCUCGAGUGAUGUGUGGAGCUAUGGGAUCGUAAUGUGGGAGGUCAUGUCCUAUGGAGAGCGACCAUACUGGGACAUGAGCAAUCAAGAUGUAAUAAAUGCAAUCGAGCAGGAUUAUAGGUUACCUCCUCCUAUGGACUGUCCAAAUGCACUGCACCAACUAAUGUUGGACUGCUGGCAGAAGGACCGAAACAACCGUCCGAAGUUCAGUCAGAUUGUUAACUCUCUGGAUAAGAUGAUCCGUAAUCCUGGCAGUCUGAAGGCCACCACUCCUCUCUCUUCAGGCGUACAUCUACCUCUGCUGGACCGCAGCACACCAGACUUCUCCAGCUUCAGCACAGUGGACGAAUGGCUGGAUGCCAUCAAAAUGGGCCAGUACAAGGAGAACUUUGCCAACGAAGACCUCACUACCUUUGAAGCCGUGUCUCAGAUGAAUAUGGAUGACAUUCUGAAGGUGGGAGUCACACUAGCAGGCCACCAGAAGAAGAUUUUCAACAGUGUGCAGAUGAUGCGAGCCCAAAUGAACCAGAUCCAGUCAGUGGAGGUUUGAGUGGAGGAUGGGAGCAGUCUGUGCACACCAGACCCCUGUGGACCUCCAGAGCCCAGCAGUAGUCACUUUCUCUAGGGAUGAUCAAGAGCAGAUCCCCACAAGACCGCUAUGGUCUCGAUACUGCACCAGCACACUGAAGGCAACCUGUAGUCUUUGCAAUGGCCAAAUGAAUCCUUUAAAUUGGCUGCAUUUAAAUGCAAAUUUAUAUUCCAGUAUUAUCUCUGCCUUUGCAGUGUAUCUGAUAAACCACAUAAAAACCUCUCAUGUCUUUUGGAAUUUUAGUAUAUCUGUCAUUUAAUAGACAAUUAAAAUACAUUUAUAAUUUAAGGUGGCCACUUUGUCAAAUAUACCAUUUGCAUAAAAAAUUAUAGCCUUUUGUAUGUAAAUUCCUCGCUCUAAGCAGCUUUCUCUAUUGUUACAUCCUGAAAUGUGCUAAAUCACCUGCCAGGUAACUAUUUUUGCUCAAGUAUUUCUAAGCAUUUUCUAGGUCCAUUGAAAAGCAUUUAUAAAGUGCAGCCAUUAUACUAUUAAAAUUCAAAUAUUAGAAGAAUAUCUCACAGUUCACAGAAUUAGAAUAAAAUGGAGUCACUUUUAUCAUGAUAUGUUAUAUUGGGUAUAAAUUUAUUCAGAGCGUUUCCAUGUGCAGAAUAAAAGAGUUGCAAAGCUUGUUCAACCAUGUAAAUGUAGCCACCAUCACAAAUUAUCUUAUAAAGAUGAUAAUUAUUAUUCCGGGCAAAUUCAUUAAAUGAGAAAUAAUCCGAUUUUGAUUAUAUAGCCCCUUUACUCUUUAAUAUGAUUUGGCCAUAUUCACCAGAAAUGCGUUGAAAAAUUUAACAUUUAAAAACAUUGUCUCAGUGUGCAUCUGAAAAGGACUAUGGACUAAUAGCAAGAAAAAAGGAGAAGCAAUUAUACAUGUGUGAUGCUCAUGUAUGAUGAGGAAUGAUCCAUUUGAUGGAUCUUGUGCUGGCAGAAUAUGCCAAUAUGAGGACUGUUGUUAAAAUUACAACUAUGUGAAUAGUAGGUAAAGCAACCAGUACUGGUUCAGUCUGUUUUGUUUUUUUACAAAGAAAUGUGAUGAAUAUUUUUUAUUUUCUUGAUGAGUUUUAUUUAUUUGUUUUAUGCUUUGUAACACCAUUACUUUGCAAUUAUCCAUAUAACCAUGCACCAGUGUUGUACUAUAGAUGUUCUUGUCACAUAUCAGAAGCACUUCAUGUGCUGAUUUCCUCACAGAGCCUGCCGACUUUUAUAGAGUGUGCAUGCCGGUUUUUAUUUGAUGUUUACUUUCUAUCCCAAUAGUAUGUGUCCCUUAGUCUUAAUUUUUCAUGUUUAGAAAAAUAUUUGACAAUUUCUUAUACUUAUGUAUAUGUAUACAUAUAUAAUUAUGUUUGUGCAUAUAUACAGUACAUGCUGGCACUUUACAAUUAGGGUACAAUUUGUUUUAAAGGCACUAAUCCCAUCUUUUUUUUUUUUUGUAAGAAUUGUUCGAAGUUUGACAAACUAUUAUCUAACAAGAUUAGCUUGAAAGUAGCUAGAUUUUGAACUCUUCUAAAUGAUCCCGUCUUUCCCUUGAAUUUUGUAUUUGGCCGGUCCCACUUUUAUUUUCAGGCCUUAUUUUGUAUCCUAUUUGCGGUCCACAUGAAAUAGUUCUUGGCACCAAUGAAGCGCUGCACAUACAAAAAGCUGCUUAUGAAAUUGAAGAAUGAGAUGAAAAGAGAACAGACCUUUGGGAGACCUAAAGACAUAUUACAAAAGACUUUUAAGUCUGCUUUAACUGAAAGAUGUGUUUUAUAAUAAUUAUGAAUUUUAACAUCGAUAUUCUUCCUUACUGUUAUAGUUUUGUGCAGUUUAUCUGAAUUUUAGUGCCGUGGCAAAGGUUAUUUGACAGUUUGAGCCUGGAUUAAGUGAAAAGACUUCACUGGCCG